UCUUUUGGUGGAGUAAUUAGGUUAGAAUUUGGCAUAGAAAAAGCUUACUCAUUUUCCCUUCUCCGUCAGUUCUCAAUCCUUCCGUCCUCAGAGCUGCUCAUCCCCAACCACAGCUGACAGCAAGAACAAAACGCGGCAGCAACUACUCAUACAAUACAAAUCCGUUAGGGUUUUUGUUUCUGAUGGCACCUAAGACGAUGAAGAAGACCAAUCAAAAUCAAAAUCAAAAUCAAAAUCAAAAUCAAAAUCAAAAUAGAACUGAUGAAUUGGAUAACAGAUUCAAUUUCAAACAGAUUAUGAAAGAUAUCCAGUUUUUCGAUGCCUCGCAUAGGACAUGGAAAGAGAAGAAAGAGUUGGAGAAUCGGAAGGUGAUCAGUCUUGGUGGGAAGCCUCCGAAGAAACAGAGAUUGCCUUUAAAUAUAGCACGUGUGCAAAUGAAGAAACAAAAGAUAAGAGAAGAGAAAUUACUUGAAGAGAAUAUGGUUCUUGGACGAUUUGGAGGUAAACUCGGCGAUCGUGGUAAAAGAUCAGCAGACAAGCGCAGACCUGAGGACAGGGCGCUUAGGUCAAGUGAAGGUUACUUUAGAAACGGUGUGCUGGAUGUGAAUCAUUUGCUAAAGGCAGGCCCAUCUAGAAGCGGCCCGUCUCGAAGCGAUGAUUUUAGUAGCCAUAUGUUUGGUAUGGGGGAGGAGAAGAAGAAGGGGGGAAACAGAAAGAAAAAUCAGGGAAAGGGGAAGAAAAAGGGUGGUGGUAAGAAGCGUCAUUAAACACGGAACAUUAGUAGUUGUGUGGAAAAGUCUCAACUUCUGGUAACAAUAGUGACAAGGAAUCUCAGGAGAGGCAUUUGUUCUUUUCUUUGAUGUGUUAGGAUUCAGUUCCAAACUAGUUAGAUCAGUUAUAUAUGAGCUUAUUCUUCUGUUCUUUUUGUUAUUAGUACAAUUUGUCUCUAUAAACUUGAAAAUUUUGCAUUGAUAGCAGUUAAAAGAAAAAGUUUUUUCA